AUACAGUAAUAAACUUUGAAGGGGAAUCUUCUAAUAUGGAGUUUGUUAGAAAUGAGGUAGAUGCAUUAUACCAUGAAAUGGUAGUUGAUGCAAUGGGUGCACAGUCUGAAUACAAUGACGGGUCAAUGGCUGAGGAGCCAAAUAAAAUGCUAAACAUGAAAACUCUUUAUAAUAUGAGUGCUACUAAUUGGGAAAUGGCAUUGUCAUUGAGUCGAAAGUUGUUGAGUCCAAAGGACCAAGAAAAGGUGCCAAAGGAUUUCUAUAGUGCAAAAAAAAUGAUAAAUUUGCUUGGACUUGGGUACAAGAAAAUUGAUAUUUGUGUCAAUGAUUGUUUCUUGUACUAUGAUGAGCAAGGUAAGAAUUUAACUGCUUGUCCAGUGUGUGGAGAAUCUCGUUAUGAGCCAAGGAAUAUGACUGCUAUAAGGCAAAAAGAUGUUCCAAGGAAAUCUUUAUGGGCAAGAGCAAUAAUCGACACUUCAUCGUUGAGUGACGGUGGAAAUGUUUAUUAUCAAGAUGAUGAUCCUCUUAUGCCACAAUUGGUGCAACCCCCGACUGCUUUAAAUGACCAUGUUUCACUAGCAUCUCAAGGGGGAGAAGAAGUGGUGAUUAGCGAGGUCAUGCAAUUGCCAUAUGUGACAGAGGAAGAAUGUGUGGGUGAGGAUGAUGAUGAAGAGGAAGAGUUUGAUGGAACGGAAACAUUGGAAGAAGAAGUUUCAAAUUACUUAACCGAGAGUGAUAAUAUGAGACGAGGUACACGAGGUGCAUCUUCUUCUAGGCAGCAGGUUGAUCUAGAGGGAGAACCACAGAGGUCAUUUCGUCAUCUUAUUCGGGGGCCUCAUAGGACUUUUCCCACAAAGCUGCAACAAGAGCAGCCCACUAUUACUCAGCCACCAUUGGCCGAUGACCAGUUCACUGGUGAUGAUGCAACAAUGGAGGAGGACACUGAAAUGCGUAAUUUGGAGGUUGAGUUGGAUGCUAAGUAUGUUAUGCUUGAUCCUAAGUUAGAUGCUCAGUUGGAGGAGGAGCUAUCACAUGUUGUCUUGAAGACAGGACGUGGCAUGGAUAAAGGAGAUGACACUCUUGCAGACCCGAAUCAAAGGAAGGUGCUUAGCCUUAAUCGCCGAGGCACAUUCAGCCAUGAGAGGAGUCCAAAAUAUAUUGCACUCCAGGAAAGAGGUCGGCAAAACCGAUCAAAGGGUAACUAUGUGACCCACACAACUGGAUGCCUUUCUAUUGGGAUCCAUGAGGAUCGACUGUUUGAGCUUACUCAAGUUCGGGAAGAAAUGGUUGAGCGAGUUCAGACAGAGGUGGCCACACGUAUUCAUACAGAGGUAUCACAGAGAGUAUCGAAGAUGGAGGCCAACUUUGAGAGGAGAUUUCAAGAGCACAUGCGCUUACUUAGCCAACAAUACUCUAUGAAUGCUACACAACCCCAGACUGGUUAUCCUUCUUCUGCACCACCUCAGAUUGCUGAUCCUUUUUUUGAAGGAUUUAGACUUGAUCACUUCCCACCUCAUAGUUAGAGACAUUGAUAUUUGAAACUUAUAUUAUAUAUGUUUAUAUAUAUGUACUGCAUAUGUGGAUAUAUGGUAUGUAGGAUGAAAAGUUAAUAUAUAUUUUAUUAACUU